AUGACCUCCCCCAAAGGCAGCCUUCCCAACGCCGAACACAAGUUGGACACUUGGUAUCGCCACAACAAAGGCACUGCCUUCUUCUGCCUGAUGUCCAACGACGACCUCCUUCCACCCCCUCGCCCACCCGGCACAAUGCUCCUGCAAGCACCUGAUACCAUGUGGUGGGCAUACGACCCCACGGCGGACCUCGACAGUCUCCCACUCGACCUGGCCGAGCUCUUGCCCAAGGAGCGCAGUCGUCAAGGCUCCCACACGGCUGCUAUGACACAGGGUGCAUACGAGGACGACGACGAGUCGGGUGAAGACGAGGACGACGCGUUCAUCGCCAGCAUGCCGCACGCUCUUCAAGGUUCCACUCGGCCAGCCACACACGAGAAUGACGAGCCUGAGGAAUUUGGAGACGAGUCGACGAAGAGUGACGGCAACGCGUCCGAGGACAUUGAGCACAGCCACUCCGAGGAGAGUGGCGACGACGAGUCUGAGGACAUUGAGGGCGACGAGUCUGAGAGUGACGACCACAAGUCCGAGUUCGACGAGAGUGACGACGACGAGUCAAAGGAGACCGGAUACGAGUCCGCUGUCGACGUCAAACCCAAGCUCCCUUCUCCAAUCGAAUCCGCUGGCGACGUCAAACCCAAGCUCCCUUCUUCGAUCGAAGCGCAGCCCUACGUCCCACGGUCCUCCACCUGGGUAAAGUUAGAGGACGAUGACGAGACCAAGCCCUGCAUUCUCGCGCCCAUCACCAGUCGAAUUCCCGUUGUCCCUGCAAUGGAGCGUCCCAUCAAGUUGGAGGCUCCUCCGCAGCCGUACCGUUCAUUGCCCAGGCAGUUCCAAUCUUCCCCAACUUCCCCAUCCCCAAGCCGUCCGCCUCUGCAUACCUCGUCGAACAUCCCACUUCCGCCUCUGGUCCACCAGAUGGUCGAUCGGCCCGCCAAGCGCAGCCGCUCCCCCGACCUGGAAGACGUCGGCAACAGUCCUCGCACCACGCCCCACCGAGUCGCCGGUGCGCUCGACUUUGAGCGACGUAAGCGCUUCAAGUCGGGGUUCGGCGGUGCCGCACCCGAUCCGCCGAGCCAAAGCUCCAAACAAACUGACGGCUUAAAGGAGGCCGGACAGCCUCAAGGUCCUUCUACUUCGGCCACAGUGGCGAACAUCAACCGCUUGGAGUACGAGGCCUCGCUCCACCAAAAGAGCCAGAGCGCGGAUGAAGAGGAUGAGCUCGACAGCACGAGCGUGUCCUCAGCCUCCUCCACCGCGUCUCGCAAAGAAGAUCCAACGGCGGAUCAGGAAGAGCACGCGCUCGACGACUCGCACACCUCGGCGAACUCUUCCCGCACCUCACAGACUCCUGGUCCGUCAUUCCCUCGACCUCCGGCUACCGGUCAAGUGUCCAGGCGGCAGGGUAUGCGUACAGCCAUCGACACCUUCUCAUGGUGGGCGAGGGAAGAGGUUCAUCGCUCCGAGCAGCGAUUUUCCAACCUUGAGAGUGAUUUGACCCGCGGCCUUUCACGGGCCACGGAUAUCGAGGCGACGUUCGCCCUGGGGCUUGCGCAGGGCAGGCUUGACCAGGCUCGAUCGUGGGACGACCGGAUGAAAGAGGCGCUCCGGAGCUUUGAACACCACGACGACAGCGACAGUGAGUGA